CGGAGAGAGGGUGAGGAAUAGAUAAAGCCAACAGAAUACCAAGGGAAGUAGAGAGAGAGAGAGAGUCUUUGCAGAGGAGAGAAGCGAGGUGAGAACCGAGGAGGCAGCAAGGGAGGAGGUUUGCCGGAGAGGGGACAUGCUCCCUCCUCAUCUCACAGAAAAUGGCACAGUAAUGAUUCAGUUUGGUCAUAAAAUGCCUGACUACGAGUCAUCAGCUACCCAAUCAACUAGUGGAUCUCCUCGUGAAGCAUCUGGAAUGAGUGAAGGAAGCCUCAACGAGCAGAAUGAUCAAUCUGGUAAUCUCGAGGGUUACACGAAAAGUGAUGAAGGUAAGAUGAUGUCAGCUUUAUCUCUGGGCAAAUCAGAAACUGUGUAUGCACAUUCGGAACCUGAUCGUAGUCAGCCCUUUGCCAUAUCAUAUCCGUAUGCUGAUUCGUAUUAUGCUGGUACUGUGGCGACUUAUGGUGCACAUGCUAUUAUGCAUCCUCAGAUUGUGGGUAUGAUGUCAUCCUCUCGAGUCCCAUUACCAAUAGAACCAACUACUGAAGAGCCUAUUUAUGUAAAUGCAAAGCAAUACCAUGCGAUUCUCCGAAGGAGACAACUCCGUGCAAAGUUAGAGGCUGAAAACAAGCUAGUGAAAAAUCGCAAGCCAUACCUCCAUGAAUCCCGGCAUCAACAUGCGAUGAAGAGAGCUCGGGGAACAGGAGGGAGAUUCCUCAACACAAAGCAGCAGUCUGAAGCUUCCGGUGGUGCCUCCCCAAGGCGGUCUGACCAUGCUGGCAUCGCUGCAAACGGCGUUGCAUUCUCAAAGCACGAACACAGCUUGUCGUCCAGUGAUCUCCACCAUCAUCAUCAUCAUCAUCAUCGUGGGAGAGAGGGCGCUUGAGGCAGCAGCUGAUCCUGGCCGUUGCUCCCAUGGCAAAUCAUCCUUGGCUUAAUGUGUGGUGCCCAGGCCCAGCAAAUUUAACUGAACAUCUGUGUAGACUGAUGGAUUUGGGUGGGUUUUGUGCAAUUGUAACUAGGGGGCUUGACUUCCCUGUCUGUCGUUUCUCUGCCUCCUUGGUAUGGAGACGGUGCAGCAGCUGCAGCUACUGGCAGUAAUCUGAUCAUGGUAGACUUGUGACGAGAGGAAACUGGCACCCCCGUUUCGUUUCCUGCCACCCUUCCGCAA